AUGAAGCUGUUUGCUGUGUUGAUAUUCCUUCGCACAGCAAGCAUCCAUGCAGUAAAGACUUCAUACAGCCGAUCGUGGGGUGCUGCAUGGCCGAAAGAUCCUUUCGCAUCUGACAACCUGGUCUCCAAGACCAUGUUCGAUGAAGGCCGAUUGACUGGCAGGGCCGAUGCGGAGACGUAUGACAGGGCAUUCGAUGAGUGGGACACGGACUCCGACGAUACCCUCUCUGAAGAGGAGCUGGUCCAGGGACUAAAGUCUGGCCGCGGUGGCCUUUCUGGCCCUCUUGGAAUUCUUGCAGCUUCGGAUCCUUCUCGGCAGUUCCACCUCCUUGAUGCAGAUGGGGAUGGCGUCAUCUCGCGCACCGAAUUCGGUAACAGUGCUGUGCAGGCGGUGCAGGCGAUGGCUGAGCCGCCGGCAUCAUCUAUCCAUUCCUGUAUUGCGCCGGAGAUAAAGGACGGAGAUGGUUACCUCAUCACAGAGAUUUCUUUGGACAUGGCAAGCUUCAAUGUCUUGGCAUCUUGUGGCCCCGGACAUUUGGGGCGUGCCUCUGCUACUCCAUGCUCGCGUGCCGGCCUGCCCUACAGCCUGCAGGGAUGCCAUCUGGGGCAAGGAGAACUGGCGCCGGCCUCCUUUUCCUUGGAGGGUGCGAGAGCCGGAGAGGUCGGAGAGGAGUGCCGUCCCGGAUUCCACCGCAAGGGAUCCGAGUGCUUGCCAUUUAUUUGCAAUGCUGGCAAAGGCUGCAAAGUGUGCAUCCAGCAAAGCCUUCGAACUCGAGACGACCAGUGCUCUGAGUGUGAGCCUGGACACAAGAAGACGCUGGAUGAUGUGUGCGAGCCAUAUUCGUGCCUUACAGGCGAGGCAGCUGCCUGCAAAGUUUGCCGGCCACAGGAGGAGCGCACUGCCGAUGGACAGUGCAGUGAGUGCAAUGAUGGUUACGAGAUGAAUGAAGCUCACUCUUGCGGGUCAUUCACAUGCAGCACCGGACCGGAUGAGGCAUGCAAGGUUUGUCGAGGUGAGGUUGCAGACAAGGGCCACCAACCAUUGGUGGCAAAAGCCUCUACCGGCAUGUCAUGCCCUGAUUCACGGAAGCUCGUCAUCUACACCAGCAACAAACUAAUCUCUCCUGCAAACUGUGCCAACGCUGUGUGCAACGACAAUCGAUGCGGGCAGGGGCAGUUUGAGAUUCUCGACACCGGCUCAAGCUUCUGGGAAUGCUCCUGCAUCAAGUCUGGCGAGAAGUGCGAAGAUGGUCAUCGGAAGCCCUCUGCGGGAACAGCAUCCUACAGUCUCGAGGAAUGCAAGGCGCCAGUCAACCAAGCUUUGACCGCAAACAAUCAAUGUGCAGAAUGCAAUCCUGGCUACCUGCUGGGAGACGACAUGCUAUGCAAGCCUUUCACCUGCCUCGAGGGCCCAGGGGCUCUUUGCAAGCUUUGCUCCGACCAGUCGAAGAGGACUGGUCAAAACCAGUGCUCUUUGUGCAAUCCUGGCUACUCCCUGGCUGGGGAUCUUACCUGCAAGCCGUACACCUGCGAGACCGGAGCUGCUGAUGCCUGCAAAACUUGCAGAGUCGAAGGGGACAGGACGGGGCACAGUCAGUGCGCUGAGUGCAACCCCGGCUACGGCCUGACAUCUGAAGCCUCCUGCGAGAUUUUCACCUGCACCGCAGGUACCGGUUCCUCAUGCAGAACAUGCGAGGAUGUGGCCCUUAGAACAAGCAGGAACCAGUGUGCUGAAUGCAACCGAGGAUUCCUCCUGGCAGAUGACUCUACAUGCCAGCCAAUUCUCUGCGAAACUGGGCCCGAGGCACUUUGCAAGAAAUGCCAGAAUCCGAAAGACAGCACGGCAGAUGACCAGUGCAUCGAAUGCAACGCCGGCUAUCAGCUGACCGCGGACUUCAAAUGUAGUCCCUUCACCUGCUCCACCGGGCCAAGCACAGGAUGCAAACUUUGCAGAGGCGAGUCGAAAAGGACAGCGAAUGAGCAGUGCCAAGAGUGUCAGCCUGGGUAUUCGCUGACGGUCGACCACUAUUGCGAGCCCUUCGUUUGCGAUGAGGGACCUGGUACACUUUGCAAACGAUGCUUGGACAUGGACAUGCGGACCGCAGAUGACCAGUGCGCGGAGUGCAACCCCGGCUAUGCUCUGACAGAGGACUUAAUGUGCUCAGUUUUGCAGUGUUCCACGGGGACUGGCGCUUCCUGUAAAGUUUGCAAAGACGUCGCCCAAGCUACUGGGCCAAACCAAUGCAGCCAGUGCAAUGAUGGAUUCGAACUUCUUGCCGAUGGGACAUGCCGACAGUACAGCUGUCGGACUGGAUCCGGAAACAUGUGCAAGGUGUGCAGGGACCCCAGGCAUCGGAGAGCUCACAGUCAAUGUGCAGCUUGCAAUGAAGGAUACGCACUCAAUGAGGAGGGCUUGUGUGUCCUGUCUCCGUGCAGCUCCCACAAAGAAUCCAGCUGCCAAACUUGUGGUUCUGGCGACGAAUGCCAGAAGUGUCGUCCAGGGUAUCAGCUGACACCAUCCUUUGCUUGCCGUCUGUGGUUUUGCAGGACCGGAGGUGGAUCUUUGUGCAAAAGUUGCAGAGCACCAUUGCUAAGAACCGCUCCAGAUCAGUGUGAGUCCUGCAAUCCCGGCUUCGCUUUGUCGGGUGCGAAAUGCCAACCCUUCAGCUGCCAAGCUGCGUCGGGGCCGGGAUGCAAGAAGUGCAGGUCUCAAAGCGAACGCACCGCAGAAAAUCAAUGCGACGAGUGCAAUGCGGGCUACGUGCUCAACCAGGAUGACUUCACCUGCUCCAAGUACUUGUGCAGCACUGGUCAGGGACCGGCAUGUAAAACCUGCAAGCCCUCUGCUGACUUGACUGCUGACGACCAGUGUGAAGCUUGCAACCCUGGCUAUGGCUUGACUGCGGACUUUCAAUGCCAGCCCCUGUUGUGCGCCGAGGGGGAGGGGUCGAAGUGCGCAAUUUGCCGGGAGAGACUGGACAGAACGAAACCUGGACAAUGCCUGGCGUGCAACCCCGGACAUACCCUGUCGGCGGACUUCAAGUGUGUGGCAAUCGAAUGCCGAGUGGGUGACAGCAGCACAGACUGCAAAGUCUGUGCAGCAGUGGCUGACAGGACGACCAAGAAUCAUUGCAGUGAGUGCAACGCGGGAUCUGGCCUUGUUGGAACUCGGUGCGAGCCUCUGACGUGUAAGACGGGGCCAGGAGCUGCUUGCAAGAUGUGCCUGGGAAAAGGAGAGAGGACCGACUUUGACCAAUGCAAGUCUUGCAACCCGGGUUACGCUCUGAGCAGCGAGAAGAAAUGCGAGCCUUUCCAGUGUGCAGUGGGUGAAGGUAGUGGAUGCAAGACAUGCAGGCCGCAAGAGGCCAGGACUGAUCACGACGAGUGUGAAUCCUGCAAUGCGGGCUUCUUCCUCUCGAACUCCAAUGGGGCCUGGACAUGCGAGGCUUACAGCUGUACCACAGGUGAGGGCAAAGAGUGCAAGGUGUGCCAAGAGAAGGGUGACCGGACGGAUCACGGCCAGUGUGCAGCAUGCAACGAUGGCUACGAGCUCUUGUCCAACGGGAAGUGCCAGCCUUUUACUUGCAAGACCGGAAUGGGAAUGGGCUGUAAGGCCUGCCGACCAUCACUGAAGCUCACCGCCGCGGAUCAAUGCGCGCAGUGCAAUGAAGGUUACUUCUUGGGUGGGGACUCCAAGUGCCAUCGAUGGAACUGCGAGGUAGGUGACGGCAGCGCCUGCAAAGCUUGCUUCGUGCAAGGGCUGCGCACGGGGCACAACCAGUGUGCGCUUUGCAAUCCUGGAUACUUCAGAAACCUGUCGGACUUGAGCUGCCAGCCCUUUGCUUGCAACGUGGGGAACGGCACGGCUUGCAGCAGUUGUUUGCAGCCCGCGGAGCGCACCACGCGCGACCAAUGCUCAGCAUGCAACCCCGGCCAUGAGCUAACAGACCAGGCAACUUGCCGGCCCUAUUCCUGCAAAACUGGCGAUGGAUCUGCAUGUGUCAGCUGCAAAGAGCAGGCCGAGAGGACGGGAGAUGGCGACUGCGCAGAAUGCAACCCUGGCUACUUCAUAGCUCCAGGAUCUGGUUGCCAAGCCUACGAGUGCAACGCAACAACAGCUGGCUGCAAAAGUUGUCGAGAUCAGAGCGAAAGAAGUGCUCAGAAUCAAUGCGCAGAGUGCAAAUCCGGUCUUGAGCUGACUGAUGACUUCAUGUGCAAGUCGAGCGAUUGCACAGAGGGCUCCGGCCCUUCCUGCAAGAAGUGUGGUGAUGGUGGCGAGUGCAGUGACUGCAAUGUCGGCUACUUCCUGACGGAGGAGAAGCUAUGUCAGCCGUAUCUGUGCAGCCUCGGCCCACCACCCCUUUGCAAGACCUGCCGGGAUACAGAGAAGACGACGGCAGAUAAUCAGUGUGAAGAGUGUGCUGCAGGACAUCACCUCAGCGAAUCCCUUGCGUGUGUUCCCUACUCAUGCACCACAGGGCUGAACUCCACAUGCAAAACCUGCAAAGCGGUUGAGAAGCGCGUAAAGGAUGACGAGUGUGCCUCUUGCAAGGCAGGAUACCAGCUUACAGAAGCCGGAGAUUGCAGGGCAUUUACUUGCUCGACUGGCAAUGGGUCUACGUGCAAGACGUGCCAAGAUCAGAGCAAGCGUACUGGCAACUUCCAAUGCGCUUCCUGCAAUAGUGGCUACACAUUGCAAGAAGAUCUGACAUGCAAGCGCAGUAUCUGCGAGGUUGGAGAUCUGCAAGCAUGUAAAACAUGUGAUGCGGAUAGCCGGUGCGCCACAUGCAAUGAUGGUUUCCAGCUUACAGCCAGUCGCACCUGCGAAGCCAUCCCAUGUGAUGUUGGAGAGGGUUCCGCAUGUGCUGCUUGCAUGGAGCAGGAGGAGCGGACGAAAGUGAACCAUUGUGCCAGCUGCAAUCCCGGACACCAGCUGUCAGGUGGCACUUGCCAGGAGUACAAGUGCAUCAAGGGGUUCGGCGAUGCCUGCCGCAGCUGUGUCCCUCUGGCAGAGAGAACUGCCGACUUCCAGUGCAGCUCAUGCAAUCCAGGAUACGUGUUGGAGGAUGGAAAAUGCGUUGGGAUUGCAUGCUCGAUUGGCAAAGGUUCCGGGUGCAAGGCCUGCAGAGACCAGAGCGCAAGGACUGCCGAUGGCCAGUGUGGUGAGUGCAAUCCGGGCUUCGGGCUGACGGAAUCUUUCAAGUGCCAGCCGUACACUUGCAGCACUGGCCCGGGAAUGGGUUGCAAGACGUGUCGUGCUCCACACACUCGAAGCGCAAACGACCAAUGCCUCGACUGCAACCCGGGGCAUUUCCUCACGGACGACUUCACCUGCGCCGCCUUCAACUGUGACGAAGGAGGUGGUGCCGCCUGCAAGACCUGCAGGGCCCUGGAAGAUCGCAGCAAAAACGGCCAAUGUGCCUCUUGCAAUCCUGGCUUCAGCCUGCGCGAUGACGGCACGUGCAGGCUCUUCACCUGCCGAGCAGGACCGGGGGAACUGUGUAAGGUCUGCAGGGCAGUGGAGUCCCGAUCCGCCAACGACCAGUGCGACACUUGCAACUCGGGCUAUUUCUUGGAUGACGACUCGCGCUGCCGACCUUUCACCUGCAAGGAGGAUUCGGGGAGCUGUCGACGAUGCCUGCCCCAGAGUCGUCGUGUGGCCCACGGCCAGUGCAAGCGAUGCAACCCCGGCUUCGAGCUGACGCAGCAUAAAAGUUGUCGGCCCUACUCCUGCCAACUGGGAGAAGCCACAAACUGUGCGGAGUGCUUGGAACAGCCCUUGCGGAGCGGCGCCGACCAAUGUAAGAAAUGUCUGCCUGGGUACAGGCUUACCCACGACCUGGCUUGCGUUGCCUACACGUGCAGCACCGGCGAGGGCACGGCUUGCAAGACCUGCGCUCCACUCACGGAAAGGACCCUUGACAACCAAUGCACUUCUUGCAAUGCUGGCUACGGGCUGGUGGGUGGCGACUGCAGAUCGCUGACCUGUUCGAUUGGCAGUGGCUCGAGGUGCAAAACUUGCAGACCUGCAGAGAUGCGGACAGCACAUGAUCAGUGUGCCGAGUGCAAUCCCGGCUAUGGCCUCGACGAGUCCGGCCGCUGCUCCGCCUACGAGUGCAAGACAGGUGAUGCCGACCAAUGCAAGACGUGCAAGGCAUUUGAGCUACGCACUGGCCACAACCAGUGUGCCGAAUGUAACGAGGGCUAUGGUCUCACUCCCAGCUCUCGGUGUGCAGCAGAGCAGAUGAAGUGGCUUCCACGCUUCAGUGCAGUCAUGUACACCAAAGAAGUGGUGAAGAAGGUUUUCCGGGAGCUUGACUUGAAUGGUGAUGGCAAAAUCACUGCGGAUGAGUUCAGCAAGAAGGAGGUAGAUGCAGCAGUUGAAGCAGCACUUGGCAAGCUCGCGAUGGACAGGUUCUUCGAGUUUCAACACGACCGCAGCCCGGGGGACACCGACCUGGCUGCCAUUGACAAGGUCUUCGAAAGGUUGGAUGCAGAUCAAGACGAGCUCUUGUCAUUGCCAGAGUUCAAUGCCGGCGCUAGAAAUCGGGAGGUUAAGGCAAGCGACUUGUUCCAGUCAAUUGAUUCGGACGGCAAUGGCCGCGUAUCUCGGAGCGAGUUCUUGAAAGCGGCACAGGGGCCAGACGAGCUGCGGACUUUGAACCAAGCCUUCCGAAGAGCUGACUCUGACCAGGACGACUUUGUGUCCCAGUCCGAGUUUCUGCAGGAUGCACGUACGCACUAUCCUGGCACCUCUGCAGACGACUGGCUGACGAAAUUCGGAAAACUGGACCGUGACGCAGACGGGAAGCUUUCCAGAAUAGAGUUUCAAGCUUCGGAGGGUGAUGUGCAACUCCCAAAGCCGCGGACCUCCCUAUUUCAAUUCAGCGAACAGCAAUGA